GGCCUUUGCCUUUUUCAGCAGCUCCACAGAAGAAGGCUGAUCACAAUAUUCUGCUGCAGGUCUGAGAUCUAUGUUCAGCAUCAGUUUACGACGUCUGCCUCAGCCCGAAAAUUCAGUAAUGUGUCUGUCUGUUUAUUGAAGGCUACCAUCAUCAUCUUUACAACUGGAACAUCCCCACCAUGAAUCUGUCGACUCUGUCCCUGUGUUUGUGCACCACGCUGGCUCUGACCCGAGCUAUAGGUAGGAGGAUUUUUCAGUUUAUUAUGAAUGGUUCACAGGUCAGAUCCUAAAGUCAUUUAAGGUACUUCCCAAGAAAAACAAGAGUAGAAUAAACUGCAGCACAAUAAAUGAAGUCAUUCUUAGAAUAGCUUAACAAAUAUGCAAACUAAAUCCAUUUUUGUUUGAAAGUUUCUGUUAGCAUCUGUCCAGAAGUUGAGGAUCAGUUUGAAGAAGUCUUUCUGUGUCCCUACAAAGCGCCCUUUGUCGUCUAUUUUAUUCAGGGGUUGAAAACUGAGCUGCAUUUGACUUUCUUAUUCAUCAUUUUUGUGUUUAAUGUUUUAUUUGUAAAAAUUGCAUAGCCUCUAACACCAGAUUAUUAGAAUAAUCCUGAGAUAUUUGUCACCUGAAAUGUGCAGCAUAUUCUGUGUCUACAGUGCCAAACAGUUUGAAGAUGUCGCCUGUCAGAGAACAACUUUUGCACAAAAACACAAAUGCAAUGCUCAAAAAUCUGGCAAACGAGCAUCUGUAACAUCAAAUGUUAUUGUGCAUUUGGAGUCCUGUCUGUUAUUCAAGUAAACCACUUGAAUCAACAGGAGCAGGUUUCUCUGAAACUCAAAAUCAGGUCCUGUCUCACAGAUAAUAGCCUACAGCCUAUGUGCAGAUCAGAGUUUUAUCUCACAGCCCUGAUACCGAUGCUCAGAAAGAGAAGUCCCAUUGCACAUUUGAAAAUUUGUCUUUUUAUAAGGCAACAUUUUGCUGCUUUUUUCAUGAUUUUGUAAGUGACCUUUACCCGAGUCGACUUAAAUUAUCUUGCUCAGGCCCCCAAAAAUGACGACUGAUAGUUUUCUCCUCACUGAGGUCCACCACAUGUCUUUAGAUCCUGUCCCAACCUCAUUCUUUAAGUUAUUUUAUGAUUCUUUUAGAAAAGGGCUUUUAAACAUGAUGAAUUGCUCUCUUUAGACAGGGGUCUUUCCCGCUGCCUUUAAAGCGGCAGUGGUGAGGCCCCUGCUGAAGAAGAGCAAUUUAGAUUUUAACGAUUAGAACAAUUACAGGCCAGUGUCUAACUUACCAUUUAAAAAAAAAAUAAAAAUUGGAAAAACUUGUUUUUUAUUCAACUUAAAGAAUUUUUAGAUAAUCAAAAUAUUCUUGAAAAGUGUCAGUCUGGUUUUAGGGUGAACCACAGCACUGAGACCGCCUUGGUAAAGAUUUUAAAUGAUAUUAGAUUCAAUUAUGAUGCACAAAAGGUGACAGUGUUGGUUCUGCUGGAUCUUAGUGCUGCCUUCAAUACAGUAGACGACACUAUUCUUGUAAACUGCCUAAAACACCUCGGCCUCUCAGGUGCUGUUCACAGAUGGUUCACCUCCUACCUGACAGACAGGACAUUAAUGGUAAGUGUAGACAUGUGCUCCUCCAAAGUCCAUAAAAUCACAUGUGGUGUACCCCAGGGUUCGAUUUUAGGCCCUGUGCUUUUUAACCUGUACAUGCUCCCUCUUGGCGGUGUCAUCAGGAGACACGGAAUCAACUUCCACAGCUAUGCUGAUGAUACGCAGCUUUACAUCUCCGUGUCUCCUAAUGACACCAGGCCAACAGAUGCUCUUUUUAACUGCAUUUUAGAUAUCAAAUCCUGGGUGGCAGAAAACUUUCUCCAGCUUAACCAGGACAAAACGGAGGUUUUAGUCAUCGGUCCUGAGGCCCAGAGAGAGAAACUUUUACCCAAACUACAAGCACUGUCUUUUAAUCCAUCAACACAAGUGAGAAACCUGGGCGUCAUUUUUGACUCUGAGCUGACUUUUAGUCCACACAUUAAGAACAUAACAAAAAUAGGUUUUUAUCACUUAAAGAACAUCACCAGAGUCCGCCCCAUUCUCUCCCGGGCCAACACAGAGACACUAAUGCAUGCUUUUAUCGCCAGUCAUAUAGACUUUUGUAAUGUCGUGCUUUCUGGUCUUCCCAAAAAAAAAUAUAUAUUUCAGGUCUACAAUUAUUACAAAAUUCAGCAGCAGGUGUCCUGACUAAGACCCGGAGGUGGGCCCACAUUACACCAGUUUUGGAAACAUUGCAUUGGCUCUCUGUGUGUUUUAGGAUUGAUUUUAAGGUUCUUUUACUUGUUUUUAAAUGUCUUAAUGGUCUUGGGCCUUCUUAUCUUUCAGAACUGCUUUUACCUUAUGAACCUUCACGGAACCUGCGCUCCUCUAGCACCAGGCUCUUAGUCAUUCCAAAAGUCAGGACACAUACUCAUGGCGAGGGUCUUUUCAUUCAUGUUUUUAAGAGCAGGCACAAGACCCAUCUUUUUAGCUUCGCUUUUAAUUGAUAUUUAUUUGUUUUAUCUUCAUUUUUUCUAGUUAGUCUAGGUUUAUUUUAGGUCUGUGUUUUAUUCAUUUUUCAGUUUUUACUUGUUUUUAUCCUUUUAUCAUUUAAGGAACCCUUGUGUUGCCUCUGAGGGAGCCCUGGGCACCAGGAGCAGUAGUCAGUUGUGGUUGCAGGGGCAGGCCAUGGGAUUCCUGGUGGAGGUUGCUGUCUGACUCAUCCUUCCACUGGCCCCUGUGGCUGCGGGCGGCUCUCUGCUCCUGGUGCUGACGGCUCCUCUGAUGGCGCCUUCUCAACUAGUUCAUCUGCACUUGGCCUCAUGCCCAUUCUCUUAAUGUGUGUAUGUGUGAGUGCUUUGGCGUGCGUGCGUGUGUCAUGUGUGUGUGUGUGUGUGUGUGUGUGUGUGUGUGUGUAGGUGGGGGAUUGGGGGUGGGGGGUAAGGGGGCAUCUGGGAUAUUUUUAUUUUUUUUUAACAAGACUGUAAAGAACUUUGAGUCACAUUCCUGUAGGAAAAGCGCUUUAUGAAUAAAGUUUGAUUGAUAGAUUGACUUUGCUGCAGAAACAAAGAUUACCAGUUGACUUUGCAAAGUCAGCAGAAAUCGUUUAUAUCCGCAGAAGACGUCGGAUAUAAACAAUUUCUGCCGACUUUGCAAAGUCAACUGCAGAAUUAAUGGCGUUCUGAAUGAACGGCGCUUUGAAAAGUUCCGCAGCAUGUGUUAAACGUCACCAUCUACACAUGGACCAAUCAGGGGCUGCCUUUCCCUAAUGUCUGGGGAACAGUGGAAACACAGUCACUGAUUGGCCCGGUUAUUUUCGGAUUUCUAAUACACGCUCCCAAUUGGCCGAAGUCCAGACUGUUGUGGGAAGGAACGGCAAGGGAUUCACGCAACAGGAUGGCCCAGCCAGGCUAGAUCAUUGAUGUUCUUGUACCAGAUACAUUUAUUUAUCAGGUUCUGCUACAGCGUGUUGUUUGUCAGUCUAAGGCUGGCAUGGACAUCCUCCAGCAAAGCUCAGAUUUGGUAGGCUAUCCACCCAAACAGCCCCCUUCCAAGUGUCUCCAUCAUUGGCCUGUGGGUGUUGAAUUCCCCAGUAGAACUAAAGAAACCUCCAAAGGAACCCUCUCCAAGACCUUGAAUGUGACUUGGAGUUGCAAAAAAAUUUAAAUAAAUAAACAAAUGAUCUAAAAAAAUACAGCUGUAAGUCCAACAGUUUUUCGCAGCUGCUAACUGAUACAUCCAACUUUUCCUGCAGCCAUUCCAGGGGAUUAUUGUAACGAUAACCCACCUUGGGAGACUUCAUGUGAGUUUUUGCUUUUUUUCUCAUGCUUGAUAAGAUUCCUGCUGCAAAAUGAACGCGAUUAACAACUUGAAAAACAAAGUAUAAGAUUAAAAAGUCAUUAACUGUGUCUUGAAUGUACACCUCAUACAGCUGAUAACAAUCCGAUUACAGUUCCACCUCCUUCAGGUCAGUUUGCUGCAUUAUUGUCUGACUUUGGAUAGAUCUGAUGAGCUGAUUUCAAACAUAAUGAAGACAAAAUUACAUGUCCAAAGUGAACAAUAAAUGUCCCUCUAAUGCAGAUGAAGGAGACAAACCUGCACCUCCACCCUCUACAGGUACAGGUUACCCUUGUUUGAAAAACAAGAUGGUCUCUGUGAAAUGUCUCUUAGCUCUAUAUGACAGCGGUCAUUGAAUAGAGAUUAGUCAUACAAAGAUUUUUAUUUCUGUUUUAUUUCAAUGCAUUAAUGUUGAGACAUGAAGAGUCAAACUGUACAACCUCUCUGUUUCUUACAGAUGGAGGUGAACCUACAACCCCACCUUUGCCAGGUUGGCUAUAGUCUGUUCAAACUCCUCUGUACGCUGCAUACAGCAGAUAUAAACAUCUGCAAGCACAUUAUUUUACUGCCACUUUAAUUCAUUUUAUUAAAUGAAAGCUGUUAUUACACUAUGACAGAUAACAGGAGAAUAUACUACUUCUGUUAAUUUUACCAUAAAUGUUCCCCUCAUGCAGAUGAAAGCAGACCCACUGCAAACCCACCAUUGCCAGGUUGGCAUGUUUUCUGUUUAGCCCUUUAGAUUCAACAACAACAAAAAUGAUAAUAAUAAUAAUACAUCACCCUUAUUGGGGUAGAGUGAAGUGAACCUGCAUAAAAUAGAGCAAACAGAGAUAAUUAGAACCGAAAUUUAGCCAUAUUUGACAGUCCAGGACUAUAUAUGCACACACAGGGAAACGAGCAACGAGAGGCAGGUGAGACACUGAGACACAGGUGCAGACAAUUACUAAGGAGGGAAAACUGAGGAAGUAAAGCAGGGUAUUCCACGAAGCUGGCUAAAGAAGGCUGGGCUAUCGCCGGUAAACGUGGCUUAAAUAAGCGGCCACUUUAAUCUUAGCUGCGACUCGUUCCACUAACGAGGCUCAGCUGUUUUUCAGAGACGCUUAUUCUAGCCAGGCUUAUCCAAGCCGUGGCUAUGCGUGCCUCCGCAGUACAUAAAAAGCCUCGACGUAUCGAUUGUCGAAAUGACGAGAUCAUGGAAGAAAAAGGGCAGAGUGGAGUCUUUCUCAGUGAACACUCCUCAUGGAGUUGUACGAAGAGUACAAGGGAAGAAUUCAAAAGAAGGGCAACACUGUUGCCAUUGUGAAAGCCAGGGAGAUGGCGUGGUUAAGUAUCGCAGACCGUUUAGAUUCGUAAGUUAUAGCCGACAAAUAUUUUACAACCGACGCAUGUCUCGAUAUAGUCAGCCUGCUUGGCUGUCUAAUUUUAUUCCUCACUUCUGCGUAUGUACUGUAAACAUUAUUAUUUUUUAACUUUUCAUCUCGUGUCUGUGCAGCUCACUCAUACAGUCUGUCAGCCUCUGUGCAGCACGUUCGCAGCAAGCAGGGGCACCUACAGCAGCAGGGGGCGCCAAUUUGACAAGAGUUACUACAAAACAGCUUUGCGGUGCAGAUUUAUUGUAAUUAUUAUCUUUUUUCUUUCUUUUUUGGAAGUGCUCGUGCCGCCCCCCAUGAGUCAUGACACAAAUGCCACCCUGGACAGCUGCCCAGUUCACCCGUGCCUUAAACCGCUACUGUACUGUUGGCAUAAUUCAUGUUCUUGAUUUGACAAAUAGAUAUCGCAUAAUGGAUUAGUAUAGCAGCUACAGGUAAGACCUAAAACCAAAGUAGGCAAACUUAGACAAAAAGUGAAGAAAAACAUGUACCUGGAGAUGUCUUUUUUUAUUAUUAUUAGGGAUAAUAGUGGCACAGCGCCCUUCAUUUAAAUGAGGGAGAAGACACAAAUGAGCUUGUACACAGAGUAGUCAUGUCCUCAUUUGCCAUCACCUUAACAUGAUCAUCAUCAUAAUCAGAAUGGACCACUGGUGAAAGGAAGGUUUUUUUAAUGGGAAAUUGUUGCUGUUGUCACCUUCAGUGUUUUGGAUGAGAUCGUUUGUGCCUUUAUUCUGUUAUGUGUUGACAGUACAUUGAGAGUCACAGAAUAAAAGAAAGAAAAUCAGACAUUUCCAAAUAAUUACAGCUGACGGGAUCGAACCCACAGAGCAGUGAAAAACACACUUUACCGGAACUUCUCUUUACCCACUCAGCUACAGAAUUUCUCUUUCUCUUUGAGGUUGGCGUAGUAUUGGGCAUAUCCGGAUUCACGUAUUCCUAAGUUGUUUUAAAAAGCUCUCAAUGUAUUUUUCCGAACAAGAGCAUCAUUUAUUACAGAUAAAGCUGAAAUUACUAUGUGACAUGCGGUUCACAAAGCGUCUUCUGGAAGCCCAUCAGACCUUUUCUGAGACGCAGCUAAGGUUAGCUUGACUGUAAGCCUGCCUGGGACCAGGCUUGUCGCGCUGGCUGAGUUACCAUGGUUACCUAGCCACGCUAGACCUAAGCCUCGUUUGUGGAACUGAGCUCUCACUAAAAUUAGCCAAGCUAACCGAAAUAAGCCAGGCUUUGAGCUAAGCCAGCUUUGUAGAAUACCCUCCUGGACUAGAAACACAGGGAAUAAACGACAACAAAAAAAAACAGGAAAUACUGAAAACUGAAAGAGAAUAAAACUCUGAGAACAUAAGAGAAACCAAGUCAGAAACAAACUGAAAAUUAACAAGACAAGACUACAGGGGGGCAGGAGCAAUAGGGCACAGAAACACUAGGGAAAAUACACUCAAAUCACAGGGAAAAACUCCAUAAACAGAACAUAUCACGACAGAUUGAAUAAAGAAAUGUUUGCACUAGAGUCUUGAUCAAGGAUGAAUUCUGUAGAAGUGCUCAGGUUUAUCUUAGUCUUCAAUUUUUGCAUUACUUCAGCUAGCCAACAAUACAGGUAUGGUGGAAAAAGUGUACCUGUAAAUCAGAGACUUUAGGUCUGUUUCUAUGACAACCACACAAUAAUUCAAAUUUAUAUAGAUGCCUUAUCAUGAUCUACAAAACACCAUCAGCUACAAUACCGAUAAUUCCUGUACUGUAAUGAUGCCCCAGAGCAGCUAAAUCAACAGCUCUGUUUUGACAGUUUCCACAUAAAAUGAUAGAUUUUAAUGUCAAAGGUAGAAUAAUUUUUUAUUUAAGUUUUUUAUUGUUGCUCAUCCAGCAUGAGGAGAACAAGUGCUUUUUCCUCAGGGGGUGCCAAAAUUGACACAAAGCACAAGUUCAUCACAGCAGCUUAAAUUUGAUGUUGAAAUAGACAAACUCUUUAUAUCCUGCUAAAAAUAAGAGUAAGGUAACACCCUGACUUCAUUGUAGUGGAUGAAGAAGCAACAGACUGCUAGUGAGUUAGUAGUAGCAGCCCCGAUAUCGUUAUCAUGAUGUUUUAUGAAAAUCUGACAUGGUUACAGCCUUAGUUAUACCUGUUCAGACAUUUUUCAGUCUGCAUUGUUUCUGAACUGUGGCUAGAUGCUAAUGCUAGCUGUGUUCUAAAGCUGAUGUUGAAUUUCUCCUGAAUCGUACUAUCAAUUGUCUAUUUUUGUGCUAUUUGCUAACGACUGGCGGUGAAAUGACAACAAUUAGUCAGAUUAUCAAAGUAUAUGUUGCAGCAACACACAAGUUUCCUACCCUGAGCAUAACGCCACAGAAGGACAACCACUGUAGGGAUACAGUUUGUUUGUCCAGGAUAUGGAUACAAGCUUAUGCAGCACCACAGUUGUUCUCAAUGCAUUUUUUUAAUAGCAGAACAAAUGCAAAGGAAAAGUCGAAUUUACAAUUCAGUGUCCAUCUUGUUUGACAGACCAACCCACAACUACAACCCCACCCCCUCCUACUACCCCACCCCCCAAUCCAGGUUAGUGUUAGCUGAGUUUAACCUUUCCUGUUUAACAGACAGUAUAUACAUGAUUUUUUAAUCACACAUGAAAACAGUAAAUUCAUAUUAUUCACAUGUUAUUAAUCUCUCUCCUGUGUUUGUUAGAUGAUAACUUUGGGGGCUGGUCUCCAUCUUGUCCUAAUGGUUGGCAGAUGUUCAGUAUCCGCUGUCUGCUCUACAUUCAAGAGAAGAUGAGCUAUGAUUCUGCUGAGGUAAUGAGAGAGAUAAACUUGACUAAAAUAGUUUUGAAUCAAGUUAAAGGUGUGAACGUAUUCAGGUCAAACUUACAGAAAUGCUUUCAGAGCUGCAACAUCGAUGCCCAGAAGGUCAUAACUGCAACACAAAAUAAUAGCUGCUCAAAAUACUGAGUUUUGUAGUCUGUUAUUCUGUGACCUGACUUCAUUCUCAUCGGUGUCACACACACACACACACACACACACACACACACACACACACACACACACACACACACACACACACACACACACACACACACACAGACAAACAGGAACUUGGCGCUCCUCCUUUUAAACUCAAACAUACAAUCAUUAACUGUCGAUCACUCAUGACAGGAUAUUAUUAAAGCUAUUAAGUCUGCCCUACGAUGUUUUAAACCACAUCAUCUGACCUUUUAUGACCUUGAGUGAUCUUUCGAGAGCAGAUAUAAACAAAGUUGAGACUGACUUCAACCUUCCCUGGUGCUGCAUGAGGACAGCUAAACAUACCCCCUGAGGAAAUGUUUGUAGAGACGGUUGUCAGGGUUUCUCCAAGUUCUUCUGGUGUCCUCAUUCAGUGAAGAUUUGUAAAGGUUGUUUUUUGGCAGGGCAUUGGAUCCGGUUCAGUGUUUUCGCAAGUCUUUUGGAUUGUAGUCACCAGGUCUGUUGACAUAGUUUUUCUGGGAGUUUUUUAAAUCCUCUGUCAUGGGCAUCAAGUUUCUGGCAUCACCUGAUGGAUGGUGAGAAAGGGGCUUGGGUUGUUGCAGAUGUUUACACCUGUGUCGCUGCUGCUGACUGAAGCAAAUCGAUGGAGCUAGUCCAGAACUCGGACUGAGGGACUCAAACCAUCUGAAAUGACCUGAAUGCCUCUCAGUCUGUAUUUGUUUGCCUUCUCCUUUUGUGCCCUGAAUUUUAGAUGUCUUUUCUUCCUUUUCACUGUAGGGCAACUGCAGAUCCAAUGGAGGAACCCUCGUGGCUGCAGUUGAACAGUUUGGUGCAGAUAUUCAGAAGGUGUUGCAGAGUGGUGGUCAUAUGAAUGGACAUGUUUGGGUUAAAGGCUGUUCAACAGAUGUAUGUAUUUCCCUGUCAUAUAAAGUCUCACAGUUUCUUAAAAUCAUAUUUGUUAACAGUAUUGUGUCCUGGUUUGUCUCACAGGAUCACUCAUGGGACUGGAGUACUUUUGACUUUUCGGAUUAUGGACAUCGGGAGCCCUCCUGCAUACGGAUAACCUCUGGAGGUAAAAUAACCCACUGAAGGGACACAGUAAGGAUGCUUUGAAAGGACUUGAGUGCCCUGCUUGAGAGCCUUCUCCAGGCUUUGGUACCUGGUUAUUCCUGUCCUUGUAUACAUGUUAACUGCCUGUAGACCAGUCUCUGAUACCUUAACCUUAUUAGAUAUUUAUUUUGACUAAGAUAAAAAGAUAAAAGAUAUUGACAAUUUUAAAAUCUGAGAAAUGACAGAUUACUUGGGCUUAUUGCAUGGCUCAAAUAUUUUGAGUUACAUCUUUAUAUAUUUUGAAUUUUUCAAGAUGUACCUCUAAUAUUUGAUAACUCACCAUGUUUGGUUGAUGUGCAGUCCUCUCCUAAUCCUGUUGCACCUAACGACAGGUUAAAAGUGAGUUUGUGUUGUGUUGACUAAAUCUGGUGUGUUUUUAUAUUCACAGUUAAGGCAUCAGCAUGCUUGAAUAGAAAGCAGUGUGAAGCUUCGCUCCCAUCCAUUUGCAGCAUUAUCAUCAUGUGAUCUCAGAGUCCAAAGACAUGCAGGAUUCAUCUGACAGGAAACCCGCACACAGGCUGAUAAGUCGUCUACAGAUCAACUUUUCUGUCUCGUGAUUUACUCAUUAAAAAAUUGACUAAAAAGUCAUUUUUUUCUUUCUUUGCAAUGUCUUACAAUCUCUUUUUCAAAUCUCUAUUGAUUUAAUUUUUCCUGUGCUGGAUCAAUGCAUACUUCAAAUAAAUACUCAUCCUCACUGCAUAAA